GCGAUAGGAGUGAAUGGCGGAUGCCGUGAUCCCCAGUGGUGGCGAGAUGGAGCCGGAGCAGCAGCAGCGGACGGAGAAGACCAGCGCGGGCCUCCUCGGGGUGGAGAGUAAUAGAGCAGGAGCCGCUGAGGACACCACACAAAAUGGCGGACGCUCUGAGAGCAGUAGCAGUGGGGAGGCGCUGCUGGUGGCUGCUGUUGCUGCAGAGGACAAGGUCCCCCCAAACCUCAGCAUCAGUAGCAGCAGCCAGCGCAGGAGCAGCAUCUCAACGGCAAAUGAACAACAACAGCAGCAGCAGCAGCCGCCCAGCGGUGUGUUGGGGGGGCCUCCCCCUCUCCCUAAGCCCCCAGAAGACCAGCCUGUUAGGAGGAACUUUCAGAUCCCCAGGAAGAGCAGAGAAAAGAAAGCACUCUUUCAGCCAGUAGCUGUAGGCUCUCGAGAAUUUGAGGAUGUUGUGAAGAUUCUGCAUUCAUCUUACUUGGAACCAAGUUCAGUGUCCAAUUUUAGUUACAAGAGAGCCAGCUUAGUUCAUAGUGAACUGUUGGAAAAGGAAUUCACAGAAAAACGCAGAGAGCUGAAAUUUGAUGGGCGCCUAGAAAAAGAGCUUUCCGAAACCUAUGCAUUUCUGAUGGUUGAUCGACCUCAGAUCCAAGGCAUAUGCGAAAAGGGGCUGCAGGUGGGCCACUCCAAAAUAACAAUUCUUGGCAGCCCUUCCAUGGGUGUAUAUAUCUCCAGGUAUGCUGAUUUAUUGCAGCCUAAUCCUCUAGAAGCUGGAGCAACUGGAGAUGUGAUUGUUUUUAAAAUAAUAAAGGGAAAAAUGAAAAGCAUAUAUGACCACAUCGGUUUAAAAGCAAUGGAAUCAACAGUAAAGAGUGCGUUAGAUCCAACACCAAAGCACGAGUGUCAUGUUUCAAAGAAUGCAAAUAAAGUAACCUCCUUGUUGGCUUAUCGAGCCUACGAACUUACUCAGUACUAUUUUUACGAAUACGGCUUUGAUGAGAUAAGGCGAAGACCAAGACAUGUUUGUCCUUAUGCUGUUGUUUCUUUUACUUAUAAAGAUGAAAUGGUGCAAGUACCAAAAUUCUUGCCCCCAUCAAGAUCAAACAGCUUCAACACAGACAGAAGUACAGAUAAAUCUAACUAUACAUUAUGGAGGGGACAGCUUUGGAAUAAAGGCAAACUUUUGUGCCACGUUUCCUUGAAAUCAGCAGCACGUCCUUUCCUUCCAUGCAAGCUUCCUGAGAAGCUUGAGGUUGAAAAAGUUGUGAGCAUUGAUCAAUUGAAGAAAAAAAUUUCACCAGCAUUGUUCUAUAAAGAAACUUACCUAGGAGCAAAAGAAGUGUUGAAGAACGGCAUGUACUGUAGCCUUUAUGAAGUUGUGGAGAAGUCCCGUUCUGGUAGUCACUUGGAAGGUUUACUUCAAAAACUAGAGAAAGAGAAACUUGUUCUUGUGAAACCACUUCUGGACAGAGGAUUUCUUUUUCUUCUUUCUCCUUGGCAAAUGAUGUCCCCUUACGACCACCAAACUGGACGGCCCCGCAUGCUACAUGCAUUGUUUCUGUUUCCAGAACCUAGAGGUAUAAUGAGCUCAACACAAAAAAGUGUUCCAUUUGGAACACAGAAAAAUUCAACUACCAUGGUUUUGCACGAAAAUCAGGAAAUCAUUCCAGAAUUCACAAAGUUUAUUCAGUCUCUACAUUUUGCUUUAAUCCAGUCUCGUAAAGACGCUACUGCAGAUUUCAAUGCUGUUGUGGAAAAGUAUAUAAAUGAGUAUUUGAAAAGAUGCUGUAGUGGCUCUGGAAAAUAUAGGGAAUUUGUAUUAUAUCGGUAUGAAUCACGGUUGGAUGACAAAAAAUUUCUUUAUUCUGCUCCAAAAAAUAAAUCUCAUCUUGACAGCUCCUUGCAAAACUAUAUUUUUGGUUGUGAGGGAUAUCAACUACCUGUUUCUAGAGCUAAGGAAUUGAUGGAGGGAAAUCGGAAACUUCAACAGUUCAGUCCCAUCUCAGAUUAUGAAGCCACAGAAGAAGAUUCUGAUUUUGCCCAUGCAAAAAGCGCGAAAAGAAUCCGUGCAAAAUACGAAGCCACUGCUGCCAAGCGAAAACUGCCUCACUCUGGAGAUUAUGACCCUGAUAGACUCAAAGAACUUAUUAACUUAAUCCAGUGUAGGAAAAAAAAUGUAGGUGGAGAUUCUGACUCUGAAGACUUUAGAAAUAAAAGUGGUCUGAAAAGGAAGCUGGAAAAACAGUCUGAAAAUUUGCGGAAAUACUUAAAAAUGAGUGAAUCUUCAGAGAAUAGUUGUCAGUAUGAAGGGGGCAGAACCUCGGAUUCGCCACACUCUGUUUUCUCAAUUAAUACUGGUCUUGGUGGACAUGAUACUGACUUGAGGCAGCAAGAUGUAUUCGACCCUGCUGUUACUGACACACAUGGCCUCAUUAAACUGCUUUUAGAAACACUAGCUAGUGCAGGACACUUGGAUUCAUCGUUGGCACGGUCUGUAAAUCAAGCUUUAGGAUUAAGCACUGAUGAAAUUGAAGAGGAUAUGAGACAAAAAUAUGAAUAUGAAUCCAUUCCAGCGCAGGACAAAGAUGAUCAUGAGCUGCCUAAUACUGCUCAGGCUGAAAAUGUUAACUUUAAGGACCCACAGAGCCCAGUGAUACUGGAAACUGAUGCGGCAUGCUUACCCUACCCUGUUGAUGUUGAUCUACGGCUUUCAGCUAAUGAAGUAGGCCUUGAACACACACUACGUUUAAAAGAAGCAAGCACUGGAAGUGUAAGUAGUUUUGAAGACUACAGUCCCUGUCCUAGUACACCUAUAGAACAUGUUUAUCGCAGGCAACAUUCCAACUCAAAUAAUAUAGGAGAAGUUGGAAUGCACUGGAAACUUAUUCCAAUUACAGGUCUGAAAUCACCAGAAGAACCACUGGUGUAUUUACCGCCAAAGGAUGCCUUUCCUAAUGACCCCCGGGUAAUAAAUAGACAGAGAAGUUCUGAUUAUCAGUUUCCAUACUCUCCAUUUUCAGACACACAAAAGGGGACAGCAGAAGAUGGACUUUAUACAAGACAAGUGGAGAAACUUGAAGAUCAGUGUGGGCUAGCAGAUCACCCUUUUACAACUAAGCAUUCCAUUAGUGCAGUAAUAGAGACUACACUAUUAGAAGAAUAUAAUCUCUUUGCAAGAAAGAUUCAAGAAAUUUUGCAGCAAAAGAAUAUUGCUUAUGUUAGUGGUAUGUCCACACCAGUCUUCUCUGCCCGAGAGAGGAUAAUGAGACUUUCUGAAUACAUAUGUUUACAGGCAUCAGAGGUUUCUGUCCAAGAAUAUAUAGAGACACUGAGUGAAAAGUUGCAUAGUGUUAUUUUGUCGUCUUCGUGCAUUAGGCAUACUCCACCAAUUCAGUCGAGUCCCGAAUCAGCCGAAGUGGUUAGUAACGCUGCACUGAAUCCUCCACCCGACACGUUACCUGUUUGCAGGGACUCUGACACGGCGUUGUUAUCAGAGCCAUUGUGUAAUAACGUGGUGGAAGAUCUGGAUUCUACUGAGCAGCGUUCGUCGAGCUUACCCUUGGUGAAGGAGGAAGUAGAUCACGUGAAUGCUAAAACAGAGGAUAUGUUGACAUCUGAUCAGACCUCUUCCAGUGGUGAUCUGAUGGAGCCACCAGAAAAGACACAGAAAUCCCCAGACAACUUAAACAUUUCAACCCAACCAGCCCUUUCUGAUUUUAUAAGCCAGUUAAAACCUGAAGUAUUUAACAGUUUGGUCAAAAUUAUUAAAGAUGUACAGAAAAACACUGUGAAAUUUUAUAUUCAUGAAGAGGAAGAAAGCAUUCUCUGCAAGGAAAUCAAGGAAUACCUUACAAAGUUAGGUAAUACAGAGUGCCAUCCGGAACAGUUCCUUAAAAGAAGAGCUGCUCUAGAUAAACUGUUGAUAAUUAUCCAAAAUGAAGACAUCGCCAACCUCAUCCAUAAGAUACCUGGCUUAGUAACUUUGAAGAGGCUUUCUUGUGUCAGCUUUGCGGGUGUCGAUAGUUUGGAUGAUGUGAAAAACCACACUUACAAUGAGUUGUUUGUGUCUGGUGGUUUUGUUGUGUCAGAUGAAUCUGUCCUUAAUCCAGAGUCCAUCACUACCGAUAAACUAAAACAGUUCUUGAAGUUUCUGGAGGAUCUCAAUACCCCGGAUGGGAAAUGGCAGUGGAAAGUCCACUGCAAAAUACAAAAAAAACUUAAAGAGCUGGGGAGAAUGAAUGCUAAUGCCCUGAGUCUGCUGACCCUUCUGAAUACCUAUCAAAAGAAGCACUUGGUUGAGAUUCUGUCUUACCAUAAUUGUGAUUCCCAAACUCGAAAUGCUCCAGAAUUGGACUGUCUUAUCAGGCUUCAGGCUCAAAACAUACAACAGAGACAUGUUGUCUUCUUAACAGAAAAGAAUCUCAAAACACUUUCAAAUUAUGUUGAUAAUGGAAUAGUGGUUGCUACUGUUGAUGACUUUAUGCAAAAUUUUAAAAGUCUCGUUGGGUAUCACAACUCGGUUACUGAAGAAAACAGCCUUCCUCCCUCUGAUGCUCACAAAAGACAAUCAGUUCUUGAUGAAAAGGAUGAGGAGGACAUGUCUCUGGAUUCAGGGGAUGAAGCAUCACAAAUAGAAAUCUGCAAUGAUGCCUCUAAGUAUGACACUCAUUUGGAAGCUUUGCAGACAGAGGCCAAGGGCUCACAUGGAGUAGAUGCAAAAGAAAGCUGCUUAUCAGUUACAGAGUUAUCUCCUGAAGCACAAAUUGGCUUGAUGGAAAAGACUUGUAAAACUGACUUGGAAGAGAUACAACCAAUUACUCCAGUUUCUACAACAUGCUCUGCUGAAGGAGAAAAACACAAUUCAGUUGAACAAGCUCCUUUCAAUAACUUCCCAGUUUAUAGUAGACAAUUGAACAUGUCCCAUCAAUUCAGUCACUUUAACGUACUCACUCAUCAGACUUUUCUGGGAACCACAUACCCCAUUUCUUCUGCAAGUCAAAACCAAGAAGGGGGCAAUUAUUUUCUAUCUGCUUACAGUCAGAGCAUGGAUACAGAAAAGUCAUCAUCGCCUGGUGGUUGGGAUGUAAAUUGUGAUUCUUCCAGGCCGUAUUCAAAACAGAAAUAAACUCCUGAGUCUCUUUUUAUAAGUUGCUGUGGACUUUUCUGUUUCUAAAAUGGUGGAUUAACAAUUUCUAUUUUAUUCCGGAACAAAAUGUUUCUUGUCCUUUAUCUCAAAUGUUUUCUUGUCUUAUUUAAAUCCUGAUGGCCUGUACCUGUUAGAAGCAUCUGAAAAUUGAAAUAAAUAUAUAUAUUUUUUAACAUUUACUGUACUUGAAUUAUCUUGUUUGUUGGCACUUUUAAGUUUCUACAUUUGUAUUUGAUCUGUACCUGGGCUUCAGUUUGAGGUCUGUUUUAAUGUAAAACUGAAUGUUUGCCUAAAAUAUGUGAAACAGCGAGGUUUUUUUUUAACUGUAAGAGUAUCCAAAUCACUUUUCUUUACAUAAAUAUCAAAACUUAUGUAUUUAUUUGACAUUUGACACAACUUUUGUACAAAUGUUUUUACACGGCUAUAAGGCAGUGUAGUUAUUUUAAUGACUAUAUACUGGAUUUUGGCUAAAUACCUCAAUUAGAGUAACCAAUGGUGCAGUUCCAUUACAAAAAUAAAAUAAACUUAAUGCACAAGGGACUUGCUAACACAUUGCAUUGUCUGUGGUUUUUAUAUUGUUUUCAAAGUACGUGAGAAACAUACCCAAACUUUUAUUUCAUGAUAGCACUUAUUUUCCUGUUUGUAGUUUCAUUUUAGUGCUUUUAUGUAGGAUGUGCGGUUUAAUAGCAGACGACAGUGUUUGAAACACUCACAAAAUUAGUUGGGACAAAUAUUAUUGGUUAAAAAAGAGUAGCUUUUAAAAACCCAACCAACCAACCCCAUAGACUGUUCCCUAAAGUUGAAUGUCUUUCCUUCUCUUAACAGUUGUUUGAUUUGUUUAAAUUACGAACAAACCAGUACUAGCCUAGUGUAGCAGUUGUUACCCUUCCCCCCACAA